AUGUUUAUAUUUUGUAUAUUUUACAUCAUUUAUUUAGCCACGCAGUGGCUGCUGCAGCUGCAGCAGGAGCCGCAGCUGCAGCAGCUGCUGCAGUGGCUGCUGCACCCUUUUGCGGUCUUCCCGCCGCUGUCGGUCAAGUGCAAGACUUUCGCUUUGCUGCAGCAGGAGGAGCAGCAGAAGCUGCAGCAGCAGCAGCAGAACGCUGCUGCCACGGAAGCUGCUGCAGACACCUACCGCAGAUAUGAUGAAGCAGCAAAACUUGUUGCGCUGCAGCUGCUGCUGGAGUCUGUUAAGAAGAACUGGCACUCCAGCUGGGACGAGCAGCAGCAGCUGCUGCUGCAGCGGUGCGUGCUGCAGCUGAUACAGCAGCCCACACUGCAGCAGCAGCACGACGCGCUGCUGCUGCCUCCUGCAGCAGCAGCUGCUGCAGCAGCAGCGCAGCAGUCGAAUGUGCCCGCGUUCUCGCUGCUGAUGAAGGCUUCGCAGUGCCUGGCAGCAAUGUGCUGCUGCAGCAAAACUGGAGCAGCAGCUGCAGCAACAGCAAGGCAGCUGCUGCUGCAGCUAGCCUCAGGAGCCACUGGGCUUCCUGUAGACGGGCUGCUGCAGAGCCCAGACCUCAACGACCCCACAGCUGACCCGCAGCAAUUUGCUGCGCUGGUGCAGCAGCAGCAGAAGCAGCAGCAGCUGCUGCCGCCUGCGCAGCAGCAGCAGGCCUUCGUCUCUGCGUGCGUCUUCCUUGGGGUUCUCCUCGAGAUCUCACUAGAGCUUAACGAGGUAAGGACCUAG